GCCACUCAAGCUCGACAACCUCCACCAUGCAAAACACAAUUCUCUUCGUAUUAGCCUCUCUGGCCUUGUCCUUGGCCUUCCCAGCCGGUCCUGCGAACCCCCUUCCAAAACCAGAGGAUCGUCAGAGAGAAACUACCUAUAAAAUUGAAGAUCCCGGGACUCUCAAUGUUUUGCAUCGCCAGAAAGUGUUCGAAGAUAGUAAACAUAGAGUGGAUGCCACUGGUAUAUUGAAACAGGAUUUGUUAAACAUCAGGAGACCAACGCAGGUUGGCGGAAGAGUCGAUUACAACUACAAACCCGCAGACACUAAGUUGGGCGUAGAGGCGAUAAAUAAUGGUCGUUUUGGUACUGAUGUAGGUGUUGAAGCCACUAGAAAUGUUUUCAAGGGUAGGAACAGCGAUCUGGAAAUUGGAGCUAAAUACGGGCAGCACUUUGGCGGACCUGGUGGUCGAAGCGAACCCUCCUUCGGCGGGUUCGUCAGAGGUCAUUUUUAAGACCGUUUAACCUCCAGGAGUAUAUGUUUAAAUAGAUUAAAUUAUUAUUGUUUUAUAUAAGAUCGUUAUUUGUUUGAAUGUUAUGUAUGAAUGCUUUUUGUAAAAAUUG